AUGGCACUCGCUGCCCCCCGCACGGCGCUGCCGCGGUCCCGCGCCGCCGCUCUCGCCCUGCUCCUCCUCGGCCUUCUGGUGCUGUCCCUGCGGCCGGGGGGAGGCGGCGGGGCCGCCGCGGCCCUGAACGAAUCAUACCGGGAGCUGUGCAGUUACACAUGGGAAGCAAUUGAUGCAGACAGAAAUGUGCUUUAUAAAAUAAACCUCUGUUUUGGUAUUGAAGAGUGUGGAAGAUCAAGUGCAGUCUGUGCAUAUAACAUCAGUAACAAAACCUAUCUGUCUGUAGGUGACUUAGGCUUGCUUAGAGUUUCUAAAACUCUUCUGGAACUCAACACUACACAUAACUGCUUUCAGCAAGGCAAUCAGCAUCAGAUUCAAAGCAACAUUAACUUCUUGUGUGGGAAGACACUGGGCACCCCUGAAUUUGUAACAGCAACAGAAUGUGUGCACUAUUUUGAAUGGAGGACCUCAGUGGCUUGCAAGAAAGACUUGUUUAAACCUGUGAAAGAGGUCCCUUGCUAUGUGUUUGAUGAAGAUGUGAAGAAACAUGACUUGAAUCCUCUCAUCAAAGUUCCAGGACACUACUUGGUGGAUGAUUCUGAUGAUGAUUCCUUAUUCAUAAACAUCUGCAGGGACUUAGGAAGGUCAGGUGAAGAGACCAAAAACUGCCCUGCUGGCAGUGCUGCUUGCUUGUUACAUGAAGGUCAGGCAUAUGAUGUUGGUCAUCCAAAGGAACAGCUGAAACUUCAUGACAAAGACAGGCUGGUAUUGAGUUAUGAGAGAACAUAUAGUGAUGAAGAAAAGCCAGACUUCUGCUUAGGCCAUAACCCAGCAGUGACGAUCACUUUUGUUUGCCCAUCGAAGAGGGGAGAAGAGAGUGCAGGUCCCAAACUCACAGCAAAAACAAAUUGCCGGUAUGAAAUUGAGUGGGUUACUGAGUAUGCCUGUCACAGGGAUUACCUGGAGAGUAAGAACUGUCUUCUGACUAAUGAGCAACAUGAUGUCUCCAUUGAUUUAACACCGCUUAUUCAACUUCCAGAUUACGUCACACCAUAUUUAGCCAAAGAUGACAAAGAGGAGUAUUACUAUUACUUGAAUGUAUGUGGGAGAACCACUGCAGGCAGCUGCAAGGAUAGCACAGGAUACACUUCAUCUUGCCAAGUAAAAUCUGUGAAUAACCAGCAAAAAGUGGCAGGAAGAUUUCAGAACCAAACUCUAAGAUACUCUGAUGGGGAUCUCACUCUAAUUUAUCCGAAUGGGGAUCCAUGUAGUUCCGGCUUUCAGAGAAUGACUGUCAUAAACUUUGAGUGCAAUGAAACAGCAGGUAAUGAUGGUAAAGGAACUCCAGUGUUUACUGGUGAAGUGGACUGCACCUAUUUUUUUACGUGGGAUACGAAAUAUGCAUGUGUUCAAGAGAAAGAAGAUCUCCUUUGCAGAGUUACUGACAAGAGAAAGCACUAUGACUUGUCACCUCUGAUGCGCAGUUCAGAGUUAGCCCAGAACUGGGAAGCUGUGGACAGUAGCUUUUCGGAGGCAGAGAGAAAGCAUUAUUAUAUCAAUGUCUGCCAUAAAGUGUUGAAGAGAGGAGGAGCUUCCAGCUGUCAAGAUUCUGCUGCUAUUUGUUCUGUAGAUAAACAAAACAAGAGUAAGAAUCUUGGAACGUUUUUAUCUUCUCCUAAAAAGGUUGGAGAAAAUAUUCAACUUAUCUAUUCAAAUGGAGACAGCUGUGGUGGUAACAAAAAAAUCAAAACUGUCAUCACUCUAGUGUGUCGACCAGGUGAUCUGGAAAGUGCUCCAAUCUUGAUGUCUGAGGGUGAAUGUUCAUAUGCAUUUGAUUGGUAUACUGCUGCUGCAUGUGUCCUGUCUAAAACUGAAGGAGAUAACUGUCAAGUCUCUGAUCCUCAGGCAGGCUUCUUUUUUGAUUUAUCACCUCUGGCUCAGAAAAAUGGUUACUAUAUAAUUAAUACUACAGAAUACUCAUUUUACAUAAACAUCUGUGGCAGUGUGCCGGAUGAGUUGUGCCACACCAAAUCAGCAGCAUGCCAAGUAGCACACGGUAAGGGUCAGGUUUGGAGUCUUGGACUGCCAAGUUCCAAACUUUCGUAUUACGAUGGUCUGAUUCAGUUGACCUACAGAAAUGGUACAGCAUACAACAAUGAGAAGAAAACACAGCGAUCUACCCUUAUAACUUUCCUGUGUGACCAUCAGGCUGGAAUAGGUCAGCCUGAAUAUCAGAGAGAAGAUAACUAUACCUACAACUUCAGGUGGUACACUGAAUAUGCUUGUCCUGAAAUGCCACUGGAAUGUAUCGUGACUGAUCCCAACACCUUGGACCAAUAUGAUUUGUCAAGCUUAGCAAAAUCUGAGAAGAGAAGUGAAAACUGGUAUGCCAUGGAUAAUUCAAGCCCAAAUGAGCGCAAGAAGUACUACAUAAAUGUCUGUCGACCACUUAUUGCUGUCCCAGGAUGUGACCGGCGAGCAUCUGUCUGCCAAAUGGAAUAUCAGCAUGAUCAUGGUUCUUAUUCUGAAGUCACCUCUAUCAGUAAUCUUGGUGUUGCCAGCAAAGAACUAGUAGUUGAAAGACCUGGACACAUUUUCCUAACCUAUGCAAAUGGCUCUGUGUGCAUUGAUGCUGAUGGAAAGAAAACUACUUAUACCACCACCAUCCACUUUAUCUGUUCCAGGGGGACUCUUAGUAGCAGCCCAAGGUUUAUAGCCAUUCAGGAAUGUGUGGCCACGUUUUUAUGGGAAACUGAGGCUGCUUGUCCAAUCAAAGAAACAAAAGAUGAUUCUCAGUCCUGCUCUGUGCGAGAUCCAGACACUGGCUUUCUGUUCAAUCUGCAGCCAUUAGCUUCUGAAAAAGGCUAUAUGGCUACUGGCAUUGGGAAGACUUUCAUGCUGAACAUUUGUGGACCCAUGCCAGAUUGUGGUGAAAUCAAUGGCAAAAUAGCUGCUGGAUGUGAAGCAGAUAAUCUGAGAUCAGUGAGGCUGGUGGAAUUGGACAAAACCCUGUAUCUGUCUGGUGAAGGGUUUUUAACUCUUACCUACAGCGGUCUUUUUCAUAAGGAAUCAGGAAAAUCAGACAUGUUUAUGGUGACUUUCAUUUGUAAUGAUUCAUAUCCUGGAGAGCUUAAGUUUGUGCGUGAAGAGAUAAACAGCGAGCUGAACAUCCAUGAUACUUUCUUUGAGUUUUACACAGCUCUGGCCUGUGCUCCUGCUCCUGUAGACUGUCAGGUUACAGAUGCUGCUGGCAAUGAGUAUGACUUAAGUGACUUAAGCAAAGAGGGUGAACCAUGGGUUGCAAUAGACACUUCAAAGGAAGCAAAGAAGCGAACAUUUUUCUUGAAUGUCUGCAAGCCUUUACCCUAUGUGCCUGGAUGCCCUGGUGGUGCCAUAGGGUCUUGCGUGAAAUACACUGAUAAAAGCAAGAACCUUGGUGUCAUUCAGAUAAACCCACAGGCUGCUACUGAUGGGUCAUUAACAAUUAUCUACUUGAAUGGUGACACAUGCAAAGAUAAGAAGCGUUAUUCUACACGUAUAAUCUUCCAGUGUGAUCAAACAAUGGGAUCACCAGUGUUGGAGCAAGAGGAUGACUGUGAGUUCGUAUUUGUUUGGAGGACCUUGGCAGCAUGUCCUGUUCAUAAAGCAGAAGGAGAGAAUUGCCAGGUGAAAGAUCCAAGAUAUGGUCAUGUUUAUAACCUGAAGCCACUUUCCAAUAAAGACAUAAAAGUGAGUACAGAUGAGUACGACUACUACUUCAGAGUUUGUGGAGAAAUAACAGAACCUUGCAGACCAGAAGAUAAAACUGUGUCAUCGUGUCAAGUAAAGAAGAUGGACAAUACUUUCAAAAAAGUAGCAGGCUUGUAUACAGAAAAACUGACUUUCAAAAAUGGCUUAAUAAUGAUUAAUUACACCAGUGGAGAAAAGUGUCAUAAAAUCUAUGAACGAUCAACUGCCAUAUUAUUCUAUUGUGACAAGACUACAUCUGAGCCUGUGUUUUUGAAGGAAACUCCAGAUUGCACCUACAUGUUUGAAUGGCAUACUCAGUAUGCUUGCCCACCUGUUAAAUCUACUGAGUGCUCCUACAAGGAUGAUGAAGGAAACUUCUAUGACUUUUCAUCUCUGACACGGCAUAGAGAGAAUUGGGAGGCAAAUGCUCUAUCUGCUACUGUACAGAAGUACUAUAUUAAUGUCUGCAAGCCCUUAGUACCAUAUGGUGCUGCACGUUCCUGUCCUUCUGACGCUGCUGCCUCCCUCAUGGAGGGUGCAAAAUGUACAAGUCUUGGGGAAGUGGCUGAUGGUCCCCGGUGGGAAAACGGCAUUUCUAUUCUGAAAUAUAUUAAUGGGGAACAGUGUCCAGAUAAAAUUCGCAGGAAAACAACAAUAUUACGCCUCAAGUGCGAUGAAAGCAAAAUUGAGUCAAAGCCAGAACUUAUAACAGCCAUUGAAGAUUGUGAAUAUACCUUCUUAUGGUUCACUGCUGCUGCGUGUCCUCUUAAGAGCAAUGUGCAAAAUGACUGCAGGGUAACCAAUCCUGCAACAGGCCACCUCUUUGAUUUGACAUCACUAAAGCGAGAGUCUGGCUAUACCAUCAUUGAUACUCACAACAGAAAAAUCGAGUUAAAUGUUUGCGCUGCAGCUAAAACUUCAUGUGCUAAUGGAGCUGCUGUCUGUAUUACUGGUGGAAAAAAACCAAUUAAUGCUGGAAAACUAAAUAAAACUUUAACUUAUGAAGAUCAAGUGGUAAAGCUUGUGUAUGAAAAUGGAGAUCCUUGCCCUGCAGACCCUGAACUGAAGCAUAAAAGCUACUUAAGCUUUGUAUGCAAGUCUGAUGCUGGAGAUGACAGCCGGCCUGUUUUUCUGUCUUUUGAUGAGCAGACAUGCACUAGUUACUUCUCUUGGCAUACGUCCUUGGCUUGUGAGGAAGAGGUGAAGUGCUCAGUAUUGAAUGGUAGUUCCAUUAUUGAUCUGUCUCCUCUGAUCCAUCGCACUGGGUAUUAUGAGGCAUUUGUGGAUGAAGAUGAUACAACUGAUGCUUCUCCAGACUUCUACAUCAACAUUUGUGAGCCUCUCAAUCCUAUCAAAAAUGUCAAUUGUCCACCUGGAGCAGCUGUUUGCAUGGUUCCUGUUAAUGAAUCACCAAUAGAUAUUGGUCGUGUUAUUGAACCUCCCAAGUUAAACGAGGCAGUAAAUGAAGUUUACAUCACUUACAACAGCACUACUCCUUGUCAGAUAAACAACAAAUUGAACUAUACUUCUCUUAUUGUAUUUCACUGCAGCCAAGGAACUAGUCUGGGCAAGCCAAAGAUGAUGCGGAAACUUGACUGCAGUUUUGUGUUUGAGUGGGAAACUCCAGUUGUGUGUCCUGAUAAAGUGAAAACUCUAGGCUGCUCUGUGACUGAUGAACAGCUACACUAUACUUUUAACCUAACCAGCCUUUCUGGAAGCUCGUUUGAGGUAUUUUCUGGAUCCAGCAGUUACCAUGUUGGUGUGUGCAGUAAGGCAGCAGACUUGCCCCAGGGAAAAUGCAAAGAUGGGGCAGUGUGUUUGAUGUCUGAAAGUGGUACAUCAUCCUUUGGAAAUGUGAAGGAAAUGAAAAUGGACUAUAGUCACCAGGAUGAAACAGUCAUCUUGCGGUAUACCGGGGGUGAUCGGUGCCCUCCAGUGACUGAGAAAGGAGAGCUUUGUGUGUUCCCCUUCAAGUACAAAGGGAAGACCUAUGAGAAGUGUAUUACAGAAGAAAAGAUUAGGCCAUGGUGUGCUACAACUGAAAACUACCAGAGAGAUGGAAAGUGGGGUUUUUGUGGUAAUGGAACUGCAAGAAGGGAAUCUACUAUUAUCUUCACAUGUGAUGAAAAUGCUGGUGUUGGGAGACCACGCAUCCUGAGUGAGACACUUGGCUGUGCUGUCACGUUUGAAUGGAGGACUCAGGCUGUUUGCCCUCCCAAGAAGAUGGAAUGCAAGUUUGUCCAAAAACAUAGAACUUAUGACUUGAGAAUGCUCUCCUCCCUGACAGGAUCAUGGAUCUUUUUCCACAAUGGGAACUCGUACUACGUGAACCUCUGUCAGAGGGUACAUGAGGGACCCACAGGCUGCCCUGAAAGAGCCAGUAUUUGCAGGAAAAGCAACAACGGAGAUGUUCAAGUGCUUGGACUUGUUCAUACACAGAAACUGGAUGUGACAGGUGAUAAGGUGCAUGUUAGUUAUUCCAGUGGGCAGGAAUGCAGGAAAAACAAGAAAGUAACAACAAUUAUAGAACUGAAGUGUGCAAAAACAGUUGGCAUGCCCAUGCUGCAGAGGAUUGAUGAAGAAAACUGUGCUUACUACAUCACUUGGGACACACGUGCGGCUUGUGCUGUGAAGCAGCAGGAGGUGGAGGUGGUGAAUGGAAUAGUUGUUAAUCCUGCAACUGGGAAAAACUUCUCUUUAGGGGAUGUUUAUGACAAGUUGUAUGUGGCUUCUGGUGAUAUUCGGACAAAUGGUGAUAAAUAUGUAUAUGAAAUUCAACUUUCUGGUAUAAGGAACUCAAGUAUCCCAGAAUGCUCUGGAGCAAAUAUCUGCCAGGUUAAAACUAAUGAGCAUCGCUUUCGGAGAAUUGGUUCUACUACUAAAGCUAGAUAUUAUGUUGACGAUGAUGAUUUGGAUGUCAUAUUUUCAUCAGACUCCAGAUGCGGUAAAGAUGAAUCAAAGUCUGUGUCUUCAACCAUUUUCUUCCACUGCAGUUUACAAGUAAAGGAAGGCAUCCCUGAAUUUCUUCAUGAGACAGCGGAUUGCCAGUAUUUAUUUACCUGGUAUACAUCGGCUGUAUGUCCGUUAAUCUCAACUAAUGAUCCAGGAAGCAAUGAGCACCAGACUGAUCAGGAGGCCCAAGUACAUAAAGGCCUUUCAAGGAGAAGUCAGGCUGUUGGGGCAGUGCUGAGUGUCCUCCUGGUGGUUCUUACUGCAUGCUUGAUGAUCUUGCUGUUCUACAAAAAAGAGAGAAGGGAAAUUGUCAUAAACAAGAUAACAAACUGCUGCAGAAGAACAUCUGGUGUUUCCUACAAAUACACAAAGAUAAACAGUGAAGAAGCUGCUAAUGAGAAUGAAACAGAGUGGCUUAUGGAGGAAAUCGCAGCACCAAAUCAAAGAACAGCAAAAGGAGGGCAGGAGAAUGGUCAUGUUACUACCAAGUCUGUUACAUCUGAAGCCUUUACCUCUCUCCAUGUGGAUGACCUGGACAGUGAGGAUGAAGUAUUAACCAUUCCAGAUGUAAAGAUUCAGACAGGAAGAGGACUAGACAAGCACCCACAAAAGAAGCUGCCUAAUUUUGGCAGUGAUAAAGCUUAUUUGCUGAAUGGGGGAAAGGAAAAGAAAGGAAAAGCCAAGCAAGGCCAGCAGCAGACACAGAACUCUACAAAUACAGUAUCGUUUCAUGAUGAUAGUGAUGAGGACUUAUUGAAUAUUUAAUGACCCCCUUGUGCCUAAUCAGAUAUAUAUGUAUAGAGAGAUUAUAUAUAACGGGACAACAUUUCCAACCAAAUAAGAGGACUUCAGCCUGAAAGAUUUUUCUGAAUUUUGCCUUUAACAAGAAACCAUUGAAAAGGGAAGAAGAGAGAGAUUUCUUGGUUGUUUACAAUGAUCUGUUCAGCAAUGACUGGGCUCCCAGUUGGCUGAGUUACGUUGAUUCUCUCUAGCCAGGACACACAUUUUUUUUUUCUUUAUAUAUAUUUUUUUUAAGCCUCAGCAUAGGUGUUAAAUGCUUGCUUAAAAAAGAGAAACCUUUGAAAGGAAGGGAUUAAGGCUGAAUGAAGCCCCUGGCUCCUGAGUCUCAAGUGAUCUGACUACUAGCAUUUUGACUGUGUAUUUAUUGAUCCUCACUACUCAGGUUUGCUUAAUAGCAACGUGUUCUUCCUGCCGGCAGGGUAUUAUUUUGUGGGUUCACCCAUUGUAAGACAAGGAAAAAUCUAACUUGUGUGUUGGGAUGAUUUGAUGUAAAUUUUGGAAGUGGUCUAAUUUAUCCUGUAAGUUUGAAUAUCCAUUCUAAUUUAAACAGAUCAUUGGUUUAAAGGUAUUGACUGAAAGGUACAACUCUGUAUAGCUUUAGCUUGAAAUGGUUGCUGUUGUUUGCAUGAUAUAUUUUUGGUACUGGUCACACGACUGACUUCAUCAGUAUUUGCCUAAGCAGCUGAUAAGCACCCAAAGAUUUAUUAUUUCUUUUUCCUAGAUUAUGGCUGGACUAGGCUGACUGCACAGAGAACCAGUUUGCAAGGACAUAGGGGCAGAAUUCCUAUAAUGCAAUCUGCACUGCCCAGUUUGUCAUCACUGAGAAAAGUCCAACAACUAGAGGAGCCCUAGUGGGCACAGUACCUCUCUCUGGUAUUAAUUAGAAGAAAAAAAAAAUUAGGCCAAUGUUUUCUGAUCAUCUUAAGUUCUAGCUCCAUGUUAUGGCCCUGGCCAUGGUCAUUGAUUUGAAAUGUCACUGGCAGUGAAUGCUACUCAGCUUUGCUCUAGCAGUCUUGAUCUUCUCCAGGUGUUUCCUAAAUUAAAUUAUGGGCAGUGAUAGGGUUUCAAAGCAUAGUACAAGUACAUGCAUUGGUCAGAAUUUUUUGAGACUUUUCAUUGUUCCUUUUGGCUGGCUUUCUCAGUUUCAACAAUGGUUUCUUUUUAUAAAAAAAAUCAUUUUGAAUCAAAAUAGUGUAAUAUAAAGUAUUCAGCAAUUUCAAUAAAAGAGAUGAAGUGGGUAUUCCAAAUCCCACAUCUCAGGUCUGGAAUCUUCCUUACACUAGUUUGUAAUGCUGCUCCUGAGCCUGGUGAUACCCUGUUUUUGCUGUGAUUGCUAAGAUCUUAAAUGCAUGACUCAAAACAAGACCUGACGUUUGGUGACAAAGAUUAGAAUUUAUAGGUAAGUCCUAGUGGUGUAGUCCUUCUUUUAUCAGACUUGGGCUUUCUUCCUCUUGUAUUGUUACAGGUGAAGCUUGUAAAUCAGUUUGGCUAUAGCUGCAUCUUUUCAUACCUAAAACAAAAGUAUGUUUUUCAUAGUUAGCAUUAGGUUAACUUGGGGAACUGAGAGGCUUUACAGUAUAUUUUUAAUACUGUCAGUUACCAUUGCAAUAUUUCUCUUAAUAUUGAAGAAUGCUGCUUCCCUUCCCCAAGUCUUCAAAGCUGGCAUAUUAAGAGUUGUUUGAUCCAUGAAUUGUUGCACUAUGUGACUUCCCAUGUAUUAAGGCAUAGCACAGCAAAGUCUUAAUUGUAACUGUGUCUAACAAGGCUUAGGUAGAAUGGAGGUACUCUGCUUCCUUAUCCAAGCAAUGACAUAUUUCUUGUAUCAAUCAUGUAUUUUCUAAUAUGCAGUUGGCAGUAAUGAGUGGACUUGAACUUUUGAGUCUUUGAACUAUUGUCCGCAUUUUAUCUAGGCAUUUAUACAUAUGCUGGCUGGAUUGUGUCUUGUUCAGAGCUGGAUGUGUGAUUUGCUUCACCGGACUAUUUUUCCAGUAGAAUACCCUGCUUAAUCAUAGAGAGGGAAGUGAGAAUAGUGGGGACCAGAUGACUAUGUACAAAUGGCUGGGCCAGGGGCAGAAAUCCUGCCAGUCAACAGCAUGACUCUCUGGUAAGUGAACUUUUAAGACACAAGCCUGCAUGCCACAGUGCCACCCAACCCCUGGCUGGAGUGUGGACAGGGGAAAUUGGGUUAAAAAGGGCUAGUCUGGAUCUGAUUGUUUAAGUUCAUCUGGAACUUACGCAUUCCAUUACCAGCUGUUUAAACAAAACCACUAGGAAACAAGUGAUGCGAGGCUUUGGGGUGUGUUUAAAGUGCAGCCUAAUGGCUUUCAGUGUCACCCGCUUCCCAAGCAGGCUUUGAUUCAGUUUCUUUGGCCUCAGCUGACCACACACGUCCUGCUGAUGAAGGAGGCUGUGGAGACAGGCUGUGAGUAUAGCGGGUGCUGCGCACUUGUGUGUACGCGUCCCUCUCCCCUCCAGCCGCAGAGAUGAAAGUCUGGUCUGGGGUGGUGCUGUGGUGGUGGAACAGGAGGAGAGUUCUUGUUGCUUUGCUAUAGCUAUUCCUGAUGGAGAGGAGGGGGCACACCUGCGUGAUGCAGGAGAAGAUCUGAUUGCUGCUCAGAUUGCAGAAAGCAGCUUUCACAGCUUGUUAGGCCACUGUUGCUCUGUGGCUGAUGGGCAGUAGGAUGAGGUGAAGGACUAACUGGUUGUUUCUGUCCCCAGGCCAGAAUGGCCUUCUAAGCUGGUUUCUUUUUUGGAGUGUAUUGAAAGGAGGUGUUAAAAAGAUUUAUUUAUUUCAUUGUUGCCUAAACUUUUCAAGUUGCUUUCCAGACCCUUUUUCACUUUUUUUUUUUCCAUCUUUAAAAUGUUGCCUUCAUGUUUUUCUUUGAUAGAAGCAGCUGUUGUCAGCAAAAGAUGUUGGAGUAGCUGGUGUCUAUCCAUAGGCAGCACUAAGGACCACUGGAGCCUGUUAUAACUGGAUUUAUUUUGGGUGCCCCAAAAGCUAUUCCUACUGCCUAAUUCUGUACUGAAGGCUUUUCAUCAGUGCAAAAAUAUGGUUGAGUGAAAACUGGGUUUCCUGAUAUAGGUGGGGAGAGCUUUUCCUUGGAAACUGAGGAGUGUGGAGAGUAAGGGGUGAGAUACACAUAAUACUGAAGUUUGCAGAAAGGUUUUCAUUUACUGUCACAUGGCUCAAACCAAACACUUGCAUUUCACAGUGUACUUGCCUAUUCUUUAUAGAGCCUGGUUUAUAAGCCUUGCUUGCAUGUGGUGUGCAGCAGCUGCUACACUAAACUUGUAUAUUGCUGGUAUGUUGGAGUUUUCCAUCUAUGUGUGCUCCUUAAAAUGCCUCUUACUGGGGGAGCUGCCUUGCCUAAUAAAAAACCCCAACCUAAAGUGCUGUGGCUGUUAGGGGCUAUUCUAGAGGAAAAGAACAAUAUAUGCACUCUGAUUAGAAGUUAAAUGCAAAUUCUCCUGGGUGAAUUAAGGUCUGAUUUCAAAUGAAACCUAAAAAAUAAAGCUUGCAACAUGUAGUUUAAUAA